AAGUUCGCGGGCACGGAGUACGCGCGAUCCAUUCUUCAUAAGACAGAAAGAACAUUGCACUAAUCGCAGACGAUCGAAGAAUAUAAUAUUGUGAAAUAUCGACAGUUUACAGCCAUGGAAGAAAGAAUAACAAAAUCCGAAGUUGCAUCCUUUUAUUCAGACAAGAUCAUUUUUAUCACCGGCGCUUCCGGUUUCAUGGGUAAAGUUCUCUUAGAGAAAUUGCUGUAUAGCUGCUCCGAUCUGGACAAAAUAUACAUUCUCAUUAGAAGCAAGAAGGGCCGCAGUGUCGAAACUCGACUCGAAGAAAUGUUCAAGUUACCUCUGUUUCAAAGAAUGCAGAACGAAAAAUCUCAUCUUUUAAAGAAAGUGAUACCGCUGAAUGGCGAUGUAUGUCUGCCCAAUUUAGGCCUUACCAAUCGACACCGCGAGCUUCUAAUAAAUGAGGUACACAUCGUAUUCCAUUUCGCUGCGACACUUCGAUUGGAGGCGAAAUUGAAGGAUGCCAUCGAGAUGAACACGACAGGUACAAAAAAAUUACUGGACUUGGCAAAAGAAAUGAAGCAUCUAAUAUCCUUUGUGCAUUUAAGCACGGCCUUCUGUCACGUCGACCAAGAGGAACUCGGUGAACGUUCUUAUGAUUCUCCCGAUGAUCCUGAGGAUAUCAUGAGACUUGUUCAGUGGUUAGACAGCGAGGGUAUCGAUCUUCUUACGCCCAAAUUAAUUCAUCCACAUCCAAAUACUUACACGUAUUCGAAACGUUUGGCUGAAACGUUGGUGACCAAUGAAUAUCCCAAUUUACCUUGUUGUAUCGCUAGACCAUCAAUUGUAAUACCAACUUAUGUGGAUCCGAUGCCAGGAUGGGUUGACAACCUAAAUGGACCAACAGGAUUGCUCAUCGGUGCAGGCAAAGGUGUCAUCAGAUCAAUGCAUUGCAAUGGCGAUUAUCAUGCCGAAGUUGUACCGGUCGAUCUUGCGAUUAACGCUGUAAUUACAAUUGCACACAAAAUUGGUACCGAGCAACAAAAACCCAAAACUAUACCCGUACUUAAUAUAACACAGAGUAAUAUAAGACCGAUUACAUGGGCAGAAAUACUAGAGAGAGGCAGAAAAUGUCUUCAUGAAUAUCCUUUCGAUGGACAAGUUUGGUAUCCGGAUGGUGAUAUACGUAGCAGUAAAUUUGUGCAUAAUCUCUUUGUCUUCUUCUUUCACAUUAUUCCUGCGUACUUGAUCGAUUUUCUGAUGUUAAUAUUUCGACAAAAAAGAUUUAUGGUUAGAAUUCAGAAACGAAUCUCAGACGGACUUGAAGUAUUACAAUAUUUCACCACGAGAGAAUGGGUAUUUUAUAAUGAUAAACUAAUUAAAAUAUAUAACGAUCUAUCAUCAGUAGACAAGGAGGUGUUUAGAACUGUAAUUUACGAUAUCGAUAUAAACGAGUAUCUUAAAAAUAUUAUUCUUGGCGCGCGGCAAUAUUGUAUGAAAGAGGAUUUGUCUACUCUUCCGAAAGCCCGUCGGCACCAAAAAAUAAUGUACUUUGUCCACGUCACAACGGUGUAUUUAUUCUAUUUUUGCAUGUUAUAUUUUAUUUAUAACAACGUUGGGAUAGUAAAGAUAUGCCUGGAUUAUGUCACCGACAUUAUAAAAUCGGUACCGGUCAUAGGCGGCUUACUGAGCAAAAUGCAUCUCUAAAGGCGUUUAUAUACUCUCUAUGUUUAUUAGAUUACACUCACAUGGAAUGACACGAGCAGAUGAGGAAUCAGUAGUUCCUCUGACGAUGAUAUAUUGCGUGAUAUCUCAACUCACUUGUAAUUUGAGAUAUAAAUUAUAAAAGGAAAAGGAAUUUCAUCGUAAACGUCAAUGUAUAAAUGGAAAUAUUAUUGAUAUCUAUAUGUAAAUUUAAUAUAUAGAUAUUAGAUUCGCUGGUGUUUGUCA